CUCUAUUUUCACGUCUGGUUGCCACACGUGCAAUCUUGCCCACGCGUUUGCAGGACGCAAGGCUUCAAUCAGUCAGCCCUCGAAACUGCAGGAGUCCCGCGAUGCAAAUCUACAGUGACCCCGCAGACUAUAUGCUCAGGAACGUCCGAAGAACCUGGGAUACUGACCUGAUGCUGCAAGAACCAGCAGUGACCUCACACCGAAAAGUACGGAUGCCGCGCCUCCCCGAACCUCCCCCAGGGUGCGUCCUGACCAAGGGGACACGCCCGACAUAAACCAAGACCUCGAGGCGAGUCCAGCGACGGCGGCGCGGGCGUCCCAGGAGGACAAGUCGUCCUCCCCCCGCCGCCGCGCCAGCUCCAGGCGCAAGCGCGCCACCGCCGCGCCGCCCGUGCCGCAGGCCGCCCCGACCCGGCCGCACGCCUCGACCCACGCGGCCCCUCCUCCAGCCGGCCAGCCUCCAGCGCGGCGCGCGCGGAUGCCUCCAGAGCGGCGGCGCGCGCGGCGAAGCCGGGACGGUCCUCCUCGCGGCGGGAGCGGUAGAUGCACCAGGAGGCAGCUGUGACGCAUACAUCCACGCAUCGCACAUGUGACUCGACUGCCUCGAGGCGCAGCUCCGCAAACAUCCGUGCCUUGCUGGUGUACGUUGCGUCGCCCAGGUCGUCGAUGAACUGCUCGGCCGCAGCCAUGACUUCAUGGAAGUGGCCGAGCUCUCCUUCUUGCAACAUCUUCCUCGCGGUCGCCGCCAUGUCGUCCAACCUGCGUUCCUUGAACUCCUGCAGCUUGCUCUUAAGGUGAACCAGCGGGUAAACGUCCCUCUUCAGCGGAGACCGCGUAAACGGGCAACUGCUGAACCUCAGAGUCCCUCUCUCGUCGAGGGCAGAGCCGCGAUCGAGUACGUACCCCGAGGACAAGACGACUGGAUCCCUCAUCAGUGUCAUGAACAGGGGGUCCAGCAACUCAUCUGGGGCGUCGCCCGUCAAGCUGGCUAAGUGCCGCGACAAGAAUUCUGGGUGGCGGAUGGCCGAUGUGGACCUCUCGAGCACCAGCAGACCCAAACCGGCGGGGCAUCCUCCUUCCGUCACCACCUCGCGGGCGACCCUGUGCAGCUCGCCGUCGCCCAAGCGGCCGGCGAGGAGGCCCGUGACGCGGUCCAGGGCCACGCCCGCCUGCAACAGCUCGCGGGCGAGCCGCGCGUCGUCCCCAGCCUCCGCGGCGUCGGCGGCCGCCCCGCUGCGCGCGGGCUCCGCCAUCGCGGCGCGCCCAUGGCACGCUCCCUGUGGGCACAGUGGCUGCCGCGCUUGA